AUGAGAUGACAAGCUUGUUCUUUGACACUUAGACACAAGAGGGGAAGUUUUCAGAUCAAAGGUAAACGACGUUAACGUAUAGAGUACGGUGAGCAACUAAACUUGUCAAUGAAAAACGUAGUAACAGUCGUUGAAUCGUGUUGUUUGUGAGGUUGUAGAUCUGCUUUAACAGUAGUCUUGGAAACUCAUGAUCAUGAACCCAUCCGAGUUGGCCUUGGUCCACACGUCCACCUUUGUCUCAAACCACGUUCCCACCUUUAUUGUAUCGCAGGAUUGUCUCAUAUCGAGUGAAUGGGUGUUAUUUGUUCCGGGUAUUUCUCCCAAUUUCAACACACAGAGUGGUAUAUAUUCUGUAACUCACGUCCACUCAGAGGUGGACUAUCUGGGCCACUGGGAGCUGUCCUACCCUGCUGCCUAGCCAGAGCAGGACCAGGACUCAUACUCCUUCUUUUAAUGGCAUUAUGCAUAGCUUUUAGAUGUCAUACACUGUUCACGACUUACCAGUGUCGUCUGUGUGUGCGGUCGUGGUUGCUGUUCAGAUGACGUGGGGAUGCUAAUACGACCCUCCGCUUGUCUCUCUGUUGCCAUGACAACGCCCUAUCUCUCCCUGUUCCUCCUGCUGGUGUUUCUGUCCUCGUCCUGCCUGCUGUAUCUCAACCUCCAAUCGGAAUCCUUCUCUUCGUCCGUUCCCCUGCCGCCCCCGUCCUGUGGUCUGGGCCAGUCCUGGGCCGUGCGGCUGAGCUUCAGCUCUUCCCAGGAGGACGGACUUCUCGUGGAUCUCGAUGUGGUUGCAGACAAGGUGGCAGAACAGGUCGGACUGGAGAACCGGGGUCAGAUCGGACAGCUGGAAGGCCACUACCUCCUGUGUGCCUCAAAGCCCAGGCUGGGGGCUACCGCUUGGGCAGACAAGUGGGCCCACUCCGGAGACCUGCUGGCAGCCCACCCGCAUGUGCUGUGGCACUCCAAGGACAUUGUCCUCAGCAGAUCCAAGAGGGCAAUGACCUUCAAUGACCCCCGCUACCCGAACCAGUGGCACUUGCACAACAAACAGAGAAAGGGCAUGGACAUCAACGUGACGGGCCUGUGGGAGCGCAACAUCACUGGGACAGGGGUCACGGUGGUGGUGGUGGAUGACGGAGUGGAGCACACGCUGCAGGACAUCCAGCCCAACUAUAGUCCAGAGGGCAGCUAUGACCUGAACUCCAACGACCCUGACCCCAUGCCCCAUCCAGAUGCCCACAGCGACAACCACCACGGCACGCGCUGUGCUGGGGAGAUCGCCGCCGUGCCCAACAACAGCUUCUGUGCCGUGGGCGUGGCCUACGGGAGCAAGGUGGCAGGUAUCAGAGUGCUGGACGGACCACUGACGGACAGCAUGGAGGCUGUGGCGUUCAACAAACACUACCAGGUCAACGACGUCUACAGCUGCAGCUGGGGUCCAGACGACGAUGGACACACUGUGGACGGACCCCACCCGCUGGGGAAGGCGGCGCUGCAGCAUGGAGUGAUCGCUGGCCGAAGAGGGUUCGGCAGCAUCUUCGUUGUUGCCAGUGGUAACGGCGGGCAGUAUAACGACAAUUGCAACUACGACGGCUAUGCCAACUCCAUCUACACCAUCACCAUUGGGGCGGUGGACGAGGAGGGACAGAUGCCCUUCUAUGCAGAGGAGUGUGCGUCCAUGUUGGCGGUCACGUUCAGCAGUGGAAGGAAAGAACUGAGGAGCAUCGUGACGUCCGAUUGGUCGAUGCAGCAGGGGACGGGCUGCACGGACGGGCACACGGGCACGUCGGCUGCGGCCCCCCUGGCGGCGGGCAUGGUGGCCCUCAUGCUGCAGGUGCGGCCCUGCCUGACCUGGCGGGACGUCCAGCACAUCAUCAUCUUCACAGCAACCAAGUACGAUAACAGCACUGACUGGAGGGCUAACGGGGCCGGCUUCCACCAUAGCCACAAGCACGGCUUCGGCCUGCUCAAUGCCUGGAGGAUGGUCAACGCUGCCAAGGUGUGGGAUUCGGUGCCAUUCCUAUUGUCUUAUCAGAGCCCGGUACUGAAGGGGGAUGUGACUAUCCUGACCUAUCCAGACAUUCUGACCCGCACCUGGAAUGUCACCACCCAGGACCUGAGCCAGUCCGGCAUGCAGACUCUGGAGCACGUGUCCGUUACCAUGACGAUCAUCCAUCCGUGCCGCGGCAACGUGGAGAUCACACUGGUGUGCCCCAGCAGCAUGACGUCACUUAUCGGGGCUCGUCGUGCCGUCGACCGGGACCCCUCAGGCUACCAGGAAUGGACCUUUUCAACGGUGCGCUGCUGGGGAGAGAAAGCCCUGGGCGAAUACAAACUCCUCAUAGUGGACCACAAGACGCCGACCCCCAAGAUGUGUGCUGCCACGGGGACGCUCACCCAGUGGAAGCUGACCCUGUAUGGGUCCUCGCUCACCUACCGACAGGUCAAGGAGAGACAGAGGCUGGUGGAAGAGGCCAUGAGCGGCCGUUACCUAGACAGCAACUUCUCUCUGCCCUGCCCACCCGGCCUGGACGUCCCCCCAGAGACACUCACCCCCUUCUCCUCCAACAACCUCAAGUUCCUGCUGCUGCUGGGCUGUUUCGCCUUCUUCUGGUCGCUGUACUACACGCUGGAGGUGGGGCUGGCCCACUUGGACCUCCAGGAGUUGCUGUGCUGGCGGAGGGGCCGCGGCAGCGGGGCCCGCCCCCGGACCCACAGGCUCCGCCGGCGGGAACGGGACAGGGGGCCGGACUGGGUGUCGGUGGAGGACGGGGACGAGGAGGGGGAGGAGGAGCAGCAGCAGGAGGACCGGGACUCGGGCAUCGUGCUGGACUUUGAGGCCAAGGCGCCAGCCGCCACCGCCGAGAGAGCGGCCACGUAGCGCCAGACGCUGGCCGCUGACUAUUUGGGUCUUCUUUUUUAACCUGCUGUACACGCCUCGCGGCACCUUCUCAGGGUCUGAACCCCCCCCCACUCCCUAUUCACCCCUGCUGCCCUCUGCAAGCUGUUGCUCGGUCACUCUCCCCGCUCAGUGGGCUGAGACGGAGAGCGACCGUCAGGGUGGACCUGGACUCACCUGCCUCGCAUUCCUUCACGAUGUGGCCUUCUGGAUCAAAUGACUGAGUAUGGUUGGAGGGGCAUGAUGUGUGUGUGUGAGUGUGUAUGGGUUUAUAAUGUGGAAGGGAAGGUAUGUGUGUGUGUGGUGAAUCUGGCUGAGAAUUGGGACAGGGGGUGUAGGGGUGUUGAAUGUACGAUGCGAAUUGGUAUUAUCACAACAGUCACCUUGGACUUUAUUUGACGUGCACUACUGUACCCUUAUUUAUAUAAAGAUGUUUUAAUUGUGUGUGUGUGUGUUCGGCACGCGCCUGAUUUUGACUUUCACUCAUGAGUUCAUUCUUUGACGUCUGAAGUUUUAGAGACCUUGAAGUUUAAUGUGCAGAAUUUUAAUACUGUAUGUAUUUUUAUGUUUAUAUAUAUAUCACUCACUCACAUACAUACACACACAUACACACACACACACACACACACACACACACACACACACACACACACACACACACACACACACACACACACACACACACACACACACACACCUUGUGCCUGGGUCAUCAACUUAUAUCAAACUGAGUUAAAUGUUUUCUAUGCAAAGGAGUUUCUGGAUUAAAGGUGAUGGCUGAUGGAAAUCCCAGGUGAGCUGUAUGUAAAUAAAGCCUUGAUAAGAAGUUGUCUCCAUCCAUGUCAGCAGUAGCUUAAACACUGGUCACACCCUACUGUAGCAUACAACCAAGUGUAUUGUGGCCCAACUCCCAUUUAGUAUAAAAAAAACAACAGUUCAACAGUUAGUACGUGAUGUAUUUCAAAGUC